CUGCAGCCCCGGAGGUCAAGGGAACAAAUAGGCUAUAACUACACCAUCGUUCCUUACAACUGCUCCAUAGAUCCGGACAGAACAAUGGCUUAUGUCAAGGCGAUAUCUGUGAUAUUUAUGGCCAUUACCAUUGCCGUGUACCUUUGGCUGCCCCAGUUUCAAUCCCUCCACGGAAAGUGCUGCAAUCUGUACUUUAUCUGCCUGACAGCCACCUUCCUGCUGAAUGUCUUCAGCAUUUUCAACGUAUUCGACAGCAAAAUGGCAUGCUCUAUUAAUGGUUAUGCUGGGUACUUUGCAACGAUGGCCACGUUUCUCUGGCUCUCCGUCAUAUGCUUCGAUGCGUGGAGCCGAAUCGUUAUGCGUCGGUCGCAAGGGCUCCAAGAGGCCAGAAGGAGGAGUUUUCUCAACUAUAACCUCAUCGUCUGGAGCAUUGCUGGAGCACUGACUCUGAUCGUAUUCUUGGUAGACAGACUUGUACCAUAUUCCAGCAAACUAGACAAAACUUUAACCUUGGUACCUGCUGUGGGCGUGUUCUCCUGCUGGAUCUUAGCUCAAGGUUGGUCGGGAAUGCUCUAUUUUUAUUCUCCGCUGGCGAUAUUGUUAUCCUUCAACCUAACAAUUUUCUCUGUGACAACCCGUCACAUUUACUUGUUGGACAAGAUCAGUUCAAAAAAGUUAAACGGAAUCGAACAGAAACAAAUGUCGAAGAAUCGAGCUAAUUACGGCGUGUAUCUGCAUUUGUUCAUCAUAAUGGGCGGCAGUUGGGUUCUGGAAAUCGUGGCAUUUAUUUGUGAAACUCAGAAGUUCUGCAAGCCCUUGAUUGUAGCAGCUGAUAUUAUUAAGUGCAGCCAGGGGAUCAUAAUAUUCCUUGUCACAUUCUGCAACAGGGACAUGAUCAGGGCCAUCCGUGAGCGAACCCACGAAAGACGGUUAAGUGGAGUUGAGUCUGCAACAUGCAGUCUGACACAGGACUUCCAGCUCAAGCAGGAUAUGAAAUAAAUUCCCUAUUGUUAUGGGAACGUUGAAUAAACUUUUAAAUUUUUGGAAAA